CAGACGUCGUGCGCGGCGGCCGGUGGCGAGAACAGGUGGAAGUUAGUGGCAGACGGCUGGAGACAGAGACGUCGUUCUUGGCCGCGGAGAAGGCGAGCUCGUCGGUAGCACCGCGAACUGAGAGCGGAACCUCCCAUAUAGAAGGAAAUCACCCGGAAAAGGAAACAAAUAUUUCUGCCGAUCGAUUUCUUCUGGUUUCUUCUUCCCCAAUCAACGAUUCGCGCUGUUUCCAAAUCAAUCAAUCAAUCAUUCCCGGGGAUUUUUUUUUACUGUAAUUGGUGAUUUGGUUAUGUGAACUGCAAUGCGGGACUACGAUGAUGAUGGCAUGGAAUAUGAGGAUUAUUACGAGGAUGAGUAUGGAGAAGAAGAAGAGGAGGAGGAGGAGGAAGCGGAGGAGCGUCGUAAGCCCACAAAGGAAGAAAUGGAGUACCUUGAGUUUAGGGAGAAGUUGAAGGAACAAAAAAGAAAAGAGAUGAAGAUGGAGAGUGGUGGCACUUCACGGUCCGGUUCCGAUGAUAGAAUGAAGUCUAAGCUUCCUAAUGAUAAUUAUGGGUCCUUUUUUGGCCCUUCUCAACCAGUUAUUGCACAGAGAGUACUCCAGGAGAAGAAAUCAUUGUCAGAAAACCAGCAUUUGGCAUCUCGGAUAUCUAACCCGCUUCACACAAAGAAGAACCAGAAUAAAGUAUCUAAUGGAGGAUCAAAGUCUUCAUCACAUAAUCCGCCACCCAAAGUCAGCGAGGUGAAAGGUAAAUCCCAGAAACUCAAGGACACGAGAGAUUACUCUUUUCUUUUGUCUGACGAUGCGGAGCUUCCAGCUCCCUCUAAAGCUCCCCCACCUCGGGAUAUGCCUAUACAAAAUUCUGAGGGACGACCAGCUCAAGUUCCACUGAGGAGUAAACAACCUUCGAGCAAUGGUGGCAGGCUGUUUCAUGUCAGUCACGAGGACAGGAAACAGGGUUCGGUGGCUGGUCAUUUGCCUCAUAAAUCAGGAUCCACUUAUAGGCCAAGUUCUACCAGUAAGCCUAGUACAACAUCAGCUGAUUCUAGAAAGCAGCUUGGUAAUAACAGUGGGAAUGGACCAGGCCGGCCAGUUGGGCCAAAAGGCUUGCCUCCAAAGAUACCUGUCAGAAACACAGGGAACAAGUCUUCAACACCUGGUAUUAAAAACCCUGUGAAUGGUGUGCAUAAAUCAGUCCCUUCAAAGGCCCAUUCAUCUAUUCCAAAGCAGAGUGUGGUCCCUUCAAAGGCCCAUUCAUCCAUUCCAAAGCAGAGUGUGGAACAAAGAAGAGACACACGAGAACCAAAUAAGCCUAAAAUGAUACCAAAACAACCAGUGGCCUCAUCAAAAUCACAGAUAAGUAAGCCACUUAAACAAAUUCCAAUGCAUUCUGCUUCGCAAAAUCACCGCCCCAAGAAUAAGGUUCCGAGACAACACCUUGAUGAUGUUGAGCCUGAAAUGGAUUACCGUCGCAUGAUCAGAUCAAUGUAUCAUUACAACCCUGAGAACUGUGCUGAUGACGAUGAUGAUGAUAAUAUGGAGGCAGGCUUUGAGGAAAUCAUGAGGGAAGAAAGGAGGAGUGCCAAAAUUGCGAGAAGAGAGGAUGAGGAGCAACUUAGGUUAAUCGAGGAGGAAGAGAAAAGGAUGCGGAGAAAACGGCUGGCAAAGAAUCGGUAACUUGGGCAGGCAAUCGUUGGUAGUCACACCAACACUAUCAUUUGGCUUCCAUAACACAUGUCGCUGUUUGUUUGAAUGGAAAUUCCCUUCUUCCUAGGGUUGUUUGAUUAUGUAAUUAAUUAAUAAAUUCAUCAAUGGAGAUAGAAAUAUCUUUGCCCAUAUGCAGUGAUUUUUAGUUUGUGAUAAGAGCAAGGGCAGGGUUUGGGGGUUGCAUGGCAAGAUUGAAUGAAUUGUAAAAUGAGUUAUUGUUCACUAGGGGACCUCAUUAUCUCUUCUGUUAUUUUGUUGUAGUUUUCUUAGAAGUGAAUUAUGGUUUUCUUUCCUUGAGAAAUUUCUAAAUUAUACUGUUCUUUUCUGUUUUAAAAAAUCAUACUGUUCUUUUCUCGAUAAAGGAGUUUGUUUAUUUUCA